UCUUUUUGAGGAUUUUAAUUUUUUUCUCAAACAUGGUGGUGUUGAGCCAUGUUAGAUAGAUUUAUAAUUUGGUUGUGGUUGUUUUUUAAUAACUAUUGAAUUUACGAUGUGGUUUUUUUUUUUUUAUGAAAGGAACAAAGUUAUUGGGUUGAUAGUGAUAAAGUUGAUGAUGAUAGUGUAGAUGCACAAUUUGAUGUCAAUGCUGAAGAUGGGGUGAAUGAUGAGCGUAAUGUGACUCUUGAAGAUUGUGUGAAUGUCGAAGAUGGGUUGAAUGUUGAAGAAGGAGUCAAUCUUCAAGAACAAGUGAAUGUGGAAGAUUCGAGUAGUGGGGCUUUGGAGCCAUUUAUUGGUAUGAUAUUUGACGAUGUGGAAGACGCCCAAUCAUUUUACAAAGCUUACGCAAGACGGAAAGGUUUUGCAAUUCGGACAAAUCAUACUCGAUUGUCGAAAGAUGACAAAAAACUUUGUGCAGUAGACUAUGUUUGCACAAGGGAAGGAUUUCGGCGGGUAAGUCGAAAAGAAAAAGAAAGAACAGUUCCUGAGAUUGCUGAGACAAAGAUUGGAUGUAAAGCAAUUAUGGGAGUAAAAAAAGAUGGUGAAAAGUGGAUGGUGAACAAGUUUGUGGUUGGACAUAACCACAUUCUACUUACACCAAGGAGUGCUAGUUUGCUCCGCGGAAAUAGAAAGGUUACUAAAGUCCAAAAAAACCUUAUCAUGACUUUGAAUGAGUCCGGUGUACCGACAAGAAAGAUUAUGUCAGUGUUGAGUAAAGAAUCAGGUGGUGACUUCAAUGUUGGCUGUAUUGAUAAGGAUGUUGAAAACUACUUGGGAAACAAGAGGAGAAAAGUAUUUGAAGAGGGGGAUGCGCAAAGGUUAUAUUCUUACUUUCUUGAGCGACAACUCACAGAACUUGGGUUUGUGUACUCCAUGCAAGUUGAUAAGGAUGGGUGUAUGGGAAGUUGUUUUUGGGCUGAUGCGCAAUCAAGAGCUGCAUAUCAGUAUUUUGGAGAUGUUGUUACAUUUGAUGCCACAUACCUGACCAAUGUGUAUAAGAUGCCAUUUGUGCCAUUUUCUGGAGUUAACCAUCAUCAUCAGACCAUAAUGUUUGGUUGUGCGUUAUUGGUUAAUGAAACAGCUGAAUCAUAUACAUGGUUAUUGAGGACAUGGCAAGAGGCAAUGCUUGGUAAAGCUCCUGCAACUAUUAUUACCGAUGAUGACAAGGCAAUGGCGAAGGCAAUUGCAGAGGUACUCCCGCAUACAACUCAUAGGUUAUGUUUGUGGCAUAUUUUACAAAAGUUUCCUGAACACUUGGCCCAUGUUUAUAACAAAUUUCUGGACUUUGACAAAGAUUUCCGUCAUUGCAUCCAUGAGACAAUUACAACUGAUGAGUUCGAGCAAGAAUGGGGCUGUAUAUUAGAGAAGUAUGAACUAGAAGAAAAUAAUUGGUUGCAGAAUCUUUAUAGCCGACGGGAUAAAUGGGUUCCGGCUUACUUGCGUUCGACAUUUUGUGCUGGCAUGUCAACAACUCAAAGGAGCGAAAGCAUGAACAAAUUUUUCAAAGAUUACGUUCGUUCAAGCACUAUGGUAAGUGAUUUUGUGUAUCAGUAUGAAAAAGCAAUAGAUGCACGUUACUUUAAAGAAAAAGAGAAGGAUGUGCGGACAAGAUUUACGCAGGCUAUAUUGAAGACACCUCUUAAAAUUGAAGAGGAGGCGACAAUGGUUUAUACAAGAAAGUCUUUCAUGAUCUUCCAAGAUGAACUGUUCAAUAGUUUACGGUACAAAGCUACAAAAUUAUCUAAAGAGGGUGAAAGAAAGACAUAUGGAGUGGUAAUAAGUGGUAAAGAGAAACCACUUUAUCAUGUGACAUUGGAAAAUGGUGAAGAACAGACAACAUGUACAUGCCAAUGUGGGAGUUUAUGGGGCUUCUUUGUCGGCAUAUCUUGUGUGUUUUUGGCAAGAAAUCGAUAUUAGAUAAAUUGCCACAGCAUUGGGUGAAAGAAAGAUGGACUAUUAAUGCUAAGGCUCGACCCAUUCCUGACAUACCAUUAAUUGAAGGGCAAGUUCAGGUAGGACAAGAUGAUCCUAUGAUGAGAAAAAACAAGUUGAUGAUUCAACUUUAUGACAUUGUUGAACUUGGCUCACAGUCAACUGAAAAACACAAUCAUCUAUGUCUUGCAUUGGAGAAGGUUCAUAAAGAGUUACUUGCAAUGGAAGAUCAUGUAGCAUGUUCACAAAGAGGGGAGUCAACCAAUAUUAUCCAAAACGAAAGAAGUCAAGUUGUAUCGAAUUUUUCACAAACGGUCCAGGAUCCUCCACGGGUGCCAACAAAAGGACGGCCAAAAUCGUUGAGAUCGAAAAACCCAAAAGAAACACAGACAACAAAGAAAAGACGUUGUAGCAUUUGCAAGAAUGAGGGACAUGUUAAAAACAAUUGUCCUUCAGUGAGGGAUUUUGGGCAAGCAACUGACAACACAUCAAUACAUUUAGAAUGAUUGAUGGCUUCCCAUGUGACAUUGGAAUGUAGCAGAUUUGCUUGAUUUACAUGGUCCUUUCUUUAGAAGUGGCAUUUUUUGUAAUAGAAUGUAGAUACAUGACACUUUUGUAAUGGUGUUUCACUUUUGUGGCACUUUAUUGGUUUUGGGAUUUUUGUUAGAAGAUUUUUGUUUGAAAUUAUUGUAAUGGGAUUUUGAUAGAAGGUUUUUGUACCAAUGUGGCACUUCAUCUAGUCAAAUUAUAA